UGUAAAAAAGUCCAAGCGCAGAAGAACAAGCCGCCAUGGCCGACAUCCUGGAGCUGCGGACGGACGGGAACUCUCUCCUAAAAGCGGUAUGGCUCCGCCGUCUGAGGCUCACCAGACUGCUCCUGGAGGGGGGAGCGUACAUCAACGAGAGCAAUGAACGCGGGGAGACUCCUCUCAUGGUGGCCUGCAUGUCCUCGCACGCCGACCAGCAGAGUGUCAGCAAGUCCAAGCUGGUCAAGUAUCUGCUGGACAACCAGGCCGACCCCAACAUACAAGACAAGGGAGGCAGGACCGCCCUCAUGCACGCCUGCAUCCAUGAGGCGGGGCACGAGGUGGUGGAACACCUGCUGAGCAACGGAGCUGAUCCUAGUUUGGAGGACAGGAGCGGGGCCUCGGCGCUCGUUUACGCCAUCAACGCGGACGAAAAGCAGACAUUAAAGCUCCUCCUGGAUGCUUGCAAAGCCAAAGGCAAGGAGGUGAUCAUCAUCACCACAGAUAAGUCGCCGUCCGGUACCAAAACCACCAAGCAGUACCUGAACGUCCCUCCGUCUCCAGAGAUGGUCGACAAGUCGUCUCCGGCCUACUGCGCUUCGCCUUCUGAUAUCAACGUGGCCGAAUCUCCCACGCUCGAGCAGGAGCAACAAAACACGGUCUUCAGCUUUCAGACCAAGCUGAAAACCUCCUGCUCGGCCAACAAGCUGGCUAAUAACGGGCCUUUGUCUCCCACGCGGCGGUCCGCCAACCACAAGCGAGCACGUUUGCCUCAGCUCAAGCGCCUGCAGUCGGAGCCGUGGGGGCUCAUCGCACCCUCCGUGCUGGCGGAGCGGGCAAAGAACCAGGAAGAGGCCAAGAAGGCCAGCUCGGACGAGGACGCGGUGGCGGGCGUGAACGGCCUGACGCUGAGCAAGAGAGGCGCUUUGUCUCGACAGAACAGCGUGGACGGCAAAGACGCCAAGCUGACCGCCUCGCUGCCGGUUCCCCCGACCUACGAGAGACCUCCCAGCCAGCACCAGCCCCUGGCCAGACGGAGCACCGUGCCCACCGAGCAGGAGGGCAACAACAGCGGGCACGCCGGUCUCCGAGACACCUUGCACAGGAGACGACUCGGGAAUGACCACUACGACUCCGACUCCCAGCUCUAUUCGGACUCCGUCAUAGCGGACUCCCCCAAGGUCCCGGUGGAGCGAAGGAAACUGAACACCUCCCCUCUGGCCAUGCUGACCGGCUCCAGAGAGUCCCUGGACAGCAACAACAGCACAUCCUCUCCGAGCACCGCACGCCGGCGUGCGCCGGGCCUCCUGGAGAGGAGAGGCUCUGGCACCUUGCUCCUGGACCACAUCUCCCACACCAGGCCGGGCCACCUCCCCCCUCUCAACGUCAACCUCAAGCCUCCCAUCCCCGACAUCGGCGCCAGUAGCAAGCCCUCGUCGCCUCUGGCCAGCGGAAUCCGAUCCAUAGCGCCGGCGGCACCAAGCACACCAAAGAGAGGCGGGCUGAAGUGCAAGAAGAAGCUGGUGAGAAGACACUCUAUGCAAGUGGAGCAGAUGAAGCAGCUCUCGGACUUCGAGGAGCUGGCUCAUUAGCUACCGGUGGAAUUUAUGCAGCAUAUUUGGUGUUACUGCCCGACAUUGUCAGCGAGUACAUACAUGUUGACUCAAGUUCAAACUGAGCAAUAUAGAUGAACGUCACUUAGGAUUUAUUUGAUUCAUUUUUUUGGACGCCGUGUCUGCUUUAAAUGUAUUACACCUUUGAAUGUAAAGGCCGAGUUGUGGUACUAGAAGGAUCUCUCGGACAUGCUGAUGUAACACGUGCAGUAUCUCGCAGAAGCAGCCCCUUCCUCGCAUUCUGUGGAUAUUUUUAGUAGGGUACAGUAGUACCUCAAUUUACCAGAUUAAUUGGUGCUGUGACCAAGCUCUGAACUCAAAACAGUUUUAUUUCAAAUUAAUUCAAAUUGCCCUCCGCCCAAAAACAUCACCAUUUUUUUUUUUUAACAUGAAAUGUGCCUUUUAAAAACAAAAACUAUCUUUUAGAUAAGAAAUAUUGAACAAACACAAUAUAAUAAAAUGUACUACCAAGAAAAACCUGCAUUGUGAAGCAGUGUCGGUCAGUUUUAUCUCUGCCAAAACAGCAUUUUAAGGUACCAAUGAUUGUCACACACAUACUAAAUGUGGCGAAAUUAUUCUCUACAUUUGACC